AAGGAUUUUUUGGACUAUUUUAAUCGUAGAGUGCUCUGCUUAGCGGAAGAAAUGCAUACUUUUAGUUUCCCAAAUAUAUAAGUAAUGGAGCAGUGCAAAAUUUGUGGACGACAUAGAAAAAAGGCCGCGCUGCAUUCUCCGACAUUUGAAUUCGAUUUAGAGCCAUUCGAAGAUGAUCGAGAGUUAUCACAUUUCCUGUACCGGCUGACGCAGGAUAUAAUUAACACAAAAAACUAUUCCGACGAUAAUAUAAACCGCAUCUGUGAGAAACAUGUGCGCAACUCUUACUAUCCGGAUAAGAUGCGUUUGCAGGAAGUGGUGCAAGAUUUGAAGAACAAACUGCACAUCGUAAAUCGUAAAGAAGUUCAAUCCAAUGCCGAAAGUAAUACAAAGGAUCACAAAUAUACUACUACUGAUCAGGCGGAAACAGUGGCACUGCAUGAUCUGCGUCAAAUGAAGGAUAAAAACAUCAGCGCACAAUCGUUCAUUAGCGUCCCGAAACUGGUGCUGAGAGAUUCGUCCAGUUCGAUCAGCACAAUUACUACGUACAAUUUUCCAUCUUCCGAAGAACCGAAGGUUGAUCCACUCCAGCUUCUGAUAGCUUCAGCUUCACGUAAAAGUGAAACGUCUACUGUAUCAAGUGCCACUUUGCAAACAAUUUUUCUGAAAAUAGAUCAUAAUGAACCAGCGGAUAAUCGUACGGCCCAGCCAGUGGAUAGUUCCGUCGAUGCACUAACCAGAAUGGUGGCGGCAAGCAGAACACCGGAAAGUGGAUGUAAAAGGUGUCCGCUGGGUAAAUGUACCCAUCGAAGAGUGUGUGGAACUGACACACUGAAGCCGCGGCAAAAAUUUUAAGUGAAAUCUCUAAUAAAUUAGUAAAAAGAUAGGGGAUUUUAUUCGAAGCAAUAAAUAGCGACAGCGAAAGAAAUUUUGUAAAUAAUUACAGUGUAUCGAUAAAAACACACUGUCGUACCCCUCGCGCAACUGUCAAAAAUUCAAAGUCCGUGCUGCCAGAAUAAAAAGCUGUUUUUUAAAACAUU